UACCCCAUCCCCCCUCGUUAUUUCCUUUAUCUAACACCCGCCUCCCUCCCUCUCUCUAUCCCCCCUCCCUCCCUUUCUCCAUGAAGCGCCCACUUGACACCGAUCCCGGAAACCAAAACAAAAUUGACAUAAAAAUGAAGAAGAAGAGGUACCAAGAAGACGAAAACAAGGAAGAAAUAGAAUCUGCGGUCAAUACAGGAUCUGGGUUUAUGAAUUUAGACGAGAAUUUACUUUUUGAGGUGUUGAAGCACGUGGACGCGAGUACUUUGGGUAGGGCAGCGUGUGUGAGCAAGCAGUGGCACCGGACAGUACAGGAUGAGAGGUUAUGGGAGCUGAUCUGUACAAGACACUGGGGUAACAUGGGUUGUGGUAAUCAACAAAUGAGAUCUGUUGUUUUAGCUCUUGGUGGGUUUCGUCGACUUCACUCUCAGUACCUCCGGCCUCUAUUAAAGCCACAGUCAAAUUCCGCAGGCUCUGCUUCAACUUCUUCUUCUGCCUGGAAUCCGUUCUCGCCUAUGAUUGGAAAUAAGCCACCGGCUAGGUGGGGGAAGGAUGAGGUGCAUCUGUCUUUGUCUUUGCUUUCAAUUCGGUAUUAUGAGAAGAUGAAUUUUAGCAACAGAGGGAGAUGAAUUAGAGUGAUUAUUAUGUAAUUUAUAUAAGAGAAUGUCUUGUUAAAUCCUAAUCUGGGAUUUUAUAUUUUUUUUCCUUGUUUUUGUCUAAAUUUGGUUUGGGUUUUUCUUUUCCUUUGUCUUUUUGGCUUUCGUUUGUUUCUUGUUGUAUUUGAUCUGGGUUAUUACUAAUUAGAUCUGUAAUAUGUAAACCUUAAUGUACUCAAGUAAUUGCUGUCUCGCAUUUUUGCUA